AUGACCACCCUUGGCGAUGACCUCCUGCGGACAGUCAACAAGCUCCAGGACCUCGUCUUCAACACAAUAGGCAAUGACUCCCUUGACCUACCUCAGAUAGUCGUUGUGGGUUCCCAGUCGUCGGGGAAAUCCUCUGUGCUGGAAAACAUUGUUGGCCGCGAUUUUCUUCCGCGUGGAAGUGGGAUUGUGACUCGUCGGCCACUAAUUUUGCAGCUCAUCAAUAUCCCUCCAGAAGAUGAUGAUUCAGAUACCAAUGGCAACGGCGAUAUACACGUUCCCCAUACCGCGGCGAGCGUGGCAGAACACGGGGAAUGGGCAGAGUUUCACCAUAUCCCAGGCCGCAAGUUCACUGAUUUCAACCAAGUCAGGGCCGAGAUCGAGAACGAGACGGCGAGAAUAGCGGGCAAUAACAAGGGCAUCAACAGACAACCCAUUAACCUGAAGAUCUUUUCUCCCCAUGUCCUCAACCUCACCUUGGUCGAUCUGCCCGGCUUGACCAAAGUCCCUAUAGGCGACCAACCCUCCGAUAUCGAGAAGCAAACAAGGACCCUCAUCUCCGAAUACAUUGCCAAACCAAAUAGCAUCAUCCUCGCUGUAUCUCCUGCCAAUGUCGACAUUGUCAACUCGGAGGCCUUGAAGCUCGCUCGGCAUGUUGACCCCAUGGGAAGAAGGACCAUUGGCGUCCUGACAAAAUUAGAUCUAAUGGAUCAUGGCACCAAUGCUUUGGACAUUCUCUCGGGUCGCGUGUACCCGCUGAAGCUUGGAUUCAUUGGCGUUGUCAACCGAUCGCAACAAGAUAUACAGACUAACAAGCCCAUGUCCGAAGCUCUCAGAUCAGAGGCAGAAUUUUUCAGGCACCACCCCGCCUAUCGGAAUAUGGCAACAAGAUGCGGAACACAAUACCUAGCCAAAACCUUGAACACGACUCUCAUGGGCCACAUCCGCGAUCGGUUACCUGACAUCAAGGCGCGGUUGAACACCCUGAUGGGUCAGACACAGCAAGAGUUGGCAUCCUAUGGGAGCAAGCAGUUCAGCGGGAAGGAACAUCGCGGAUCAUUGAUCCUUCAACUCAUGACCCGCUUCGCGACAUCUUUCAUCUCCUCCAUCGACGGCACAUCGUCAGAAAUAUCAACAAAAGAGCUUUGUGGUGGAGCGAGGAUUUACUACAUCUUCAACUCUGUGUUUGGCAACUCUCUCGAAACCAUCGAUCCUACACACAACCUAUCUGUUCUCGACAUCCGGACCGCCAUCCGAAAUUCCACCGGCCCGCGACCGAGUCUUUUCGUUCCCGAACUUGCCUUUGACCUGCUGGUGAAACCACAAAUUAAGUUGCUGGAAAUCCCCAGCCAGCGGUGUGUGGAACUAGUCUAUGAAGAGCUCAUCAAGAUAUGCCAUACGUGCGGAUCUACCGAGCUGUCCAGAUUUCCCAGGUUACAAGGCAAGCUUAUCGAGGUUGUCUCAGAUCUUCUGAGAGAACGACUGGGUCCUUGUUCAAAUUAUGUCGAGUCGCUUAUUGCCAUCCAACGUGCGUACAUCAACACAAACCACCCAAACUUCCUUGGAGCGGCCGCAGCUAUGUCUUCGGUAAUUGCAAGCAAGAACGAGAAGGACAAGAAAGUCGCACAAGCUGAAGAGAGGCGGAAACGGGAGAAGCAGCGUAUGAAGCAAUUAGGCGUUAAUGGCGCCGCUACGCCAGACGAAGAAGAUGCUGAACAAGAAGACAAGCCUACCUCGUUGCCAACCAGGAAGCACCCGACAUUGAGCCGCAGCAUGUCACCCGCUGUGGCCCGCGAGCGCGAAAAUGGCCUAGGUAGCAUUUCCGCGGCUGCGGGGUCAGCAGGCGCAGCGAGAGAUUCGUUCUUGAAUUAUUUCUUCGGAAAGGAGGGCGGGCUACCAGGCGGUCCGCUACAGGGCAGCCCGGCCAUUGUUCCAUCGUCUGCCUCCGUGGCACAAAGACACACCAGUCACAGCGUCGAUCCGAGCUUUUCGCAAAGCAUACGACGGAUGGACCGUGGAAGCUUUACUGAUCGAUCGCCUGUGUACCCACCAGCGAUGCAUGACGACUACGCGCCCGGGUCCGAGUAUGGCGACUCAAGCUUACUAUUCCCUGAACAAAACGCAGAGCCUGCUCUGACGGAACGUGAAGCCUUGGAAACCGAGCUCAUCCGCCGUCUGAUCUCCAGCUAUUUCAACAUCGUCCGCGAGACCAUCGCCGACCAAGUGCCGAAAGCCAUCAUGCACUUGCUUGUAAACCAUUCGAGGGAUGAGGUACAGAAUCGUCUGGUCAGCGAGCUGUACAAGGAGGAGCUAUUUGGUGAGUUGUUGUACGAGGACGAUGGGAUCAAGAAGGAGAGGGAGAAGUGUGAAAAGCUCCUCGCGACGUAUAAGGAGGCCGCGAAGAUCGUGGGGGAAGUUUUGUAG